CUCGCCGCUUUCUGGCUCGUGAUCCGUCGUCGGCGGCCAGACUGGCCCCUUAACCCUCUAUGAGCCAGUCCUACGACGAUGAGGACAUCAUACCCCCCUCACCUGGCAACGCGAGAGAAUGGCUCGAGUUCUUGGCCCAGCAGCAAGACCGGCCAACGCGAAUGCAUCCAAUCGCCUCUUCAGAGACUUUCUGUCACGGACACUCGCCCUUGCCGCUCACACAUGGGUAUGGCAGUGCAGGGGAAGCUACACCGUACGAUGACUGUCUCCUUGCUCGGACUACGCAGCAGUCGAGAAGAAGUGCCUCUCAAGCCAGCACGAUCGCCUCCAGCUCCAAGAUGACUUUGGACGACGAGCUGCCUGCUGGUGUCCUCGACUCCCCAAUCGCUGCUGAUAGGGAGACUUUGUCACAGCCGCUGCCUUCCAUCGCUCCGCUCACACAGGAAGAGCUCGAGAUUGCAGGAGUAGUCCGAUACGAUAUAGCUGCAGUCCUUUCGGACACGCCGCAACGGUCAAGCUCGCGAUGUUCUGCUGGCCCGCGCUCAGGCAGAGGGACUCCCGUUGGCGACCAAGAGAUUCCGCCAGCCUCUUCGCCUCUCACGCCAGUGUCUGCUCUGAGCCCGAUUACAAGUCCAAGGAGGAGCACUCCGAGGCGGGCAGGAAUGGAUGACGAUCAUACCGUCAUGCUCGAUCAGGCUGCAGCGUUACUCGUGCACCAACAGGAGGAGGAGCGCGGUCCUUAUGCACAUGCUCUCCGCAAACGCACAGCCAUGCAAAAGAAUCCAUAUUCGCUCGAGCAACUCAAAUACAAGGCCAGCCUGAAACGAUACAACUGGAGUGAUGCUGUCGUUACUCUGCCCCGGAUACGUGAUGUACUCCCUGAAGGCGCCUCAAUACCAGACUCGACGCAGGAUCAGACGGUUCGUACUCGUGUCGCGCCCGAGCUGCAGGACUUCAUCGUCCGCGAGAGCCAAGAAUCUGUCGUCAUCACGCCGGAAAUGCAGGCGCAGCGAAAAGCCGCGCUCGUACGUCGACGCGAAGCUCGUGCUUGGCGCAAGGCAGAAGCCAAACGGAAACAAGAGGCACUUCGCAAGGCAGCCGAAGACGCGGGCGGUCUCAUUACUUCGGACAGCGAUGACGAUUGCGGCCUCGCAGCACCUGUGCUCGCUAGACGCAAGCCGCCGCAAGCUCGAGCAAGCACACAGCCAGCCAGGAAGAGGCCAAGGCCGAGACCUGUUCUGCGAACUGAGCAAGAAGCACCGUCCACUGAGCCACUACUGAAUGGAGUAUCAUCGCCACAUGUGCCGAGCCCGGCUCGCCCAGCGAUCGUCCCUUUGUCGAGCGAUCAUGAGUCGGAUGACGAAGCUACUCACGCAGAGCGCCGGCUCCAGCGCAGACAGACCUCGCCACAAUCGGCGGUCAGCUUGUCAGACUCCGAUCUAGAGGCAAAAGAAGUGAACAUGCGGGUCGGCGGCAGAGCGUCACGAUUUGAGCUCAAAGGCAGCAAGGGCAGAGCGCUUCGCGGUAUGAUGCCCGCUACUUUCUUCAGAUCAGCUCAGAACGACCUCAAGCGGAUGGCCGAUGAGCGACGACAGAAACAUGCUCACCUUUCCACGAAUCACGAUCUCGACGGUGCCGACGGCCUGCAGCGGGCUGUGAUCAUCAGGAAACGCAAACCUGCCCAGGGAGCACGGCCUAUCAUAUUAGACGGCGCGGCCUUCACGGACGAUUCUGACAGUGACGAACGACCACCACGAGCGCUAUCAACCGAUAGUGGCAGCAGUAACGACGAGCGAUUCGCCGAACAAGAUGACAUGGCCUGGAUCACCCGAUUUGCCCAAGGUAGACCUGAGCCAAGGCAAGCGCCGCCCCAAUCCAGCCGCAAACGAAAGCGUCAUAGACCUCGUCAGUAUCAUCAUCGUUCCCCUCUCGCUGCGCGCGACAUCAAUCUUGACACAAGCCCGAGGCAGCCCAAUAGAGCGACUGUGCGUAAAGUCAUCCGGCACGAUCACAAGCGACCGCCAUUGCGUCUCGAUACCCAAGAGAGUCUGUUCGGACAUUUCUCAAUUCGUCCGCGGUCUGCAAAGACACGCAGGCAGCGUGGAUCCGCACACCGCGAGCGGCAGUCCCCUGCGGAUUUCGACGGAGCCGAGGCUCAUGAUGACCACCGGCUGGAAACAUCGCUUCCGUCGGUCACCCCACGAACCAGCAAUGGCUUGCUGGAGCUUGACACGCUUCAUAACAAUACGCCAGCGCGGCCAUUAGACGAGUCACCUUCUCAGGACUGGCUCAGCGUGACCGGGUUCACAUAUGAUUUCGGGCUCGAGCGCAUAUCAGCGCACUGCGCCUUUUCGGCGAGCACAUAUCUCGGUAAAGGCUCGCUGCAGGAGGUGCUCGACGCCUCGCAAAGUAUCGGUAUGCGUCAUCUGUUCGCGUUCGAUACGUUCUUCGACAUAUCGAUGGACAGUCGCGCAUUGCUGAGCGCAUUGCCAGCUAUGUUCGAUGCAGUCUUUGACCGUGUACAACUGGCGAGUGCAAUCAAUGGCAUGUCUUCGAAUGACUGUGCGAUAGCGGCUUCUAGCAUCCUCGACGUACUGCAUUUCUUCGGCCUCGCCAUUGGAUCUCAUACCAGUGUAAGCUAUCGGCACAUCGCCCUGAUCGAUGCAGUCCUGGGCAGCCUCGAGCAUCUUGAAGAGCGGCAAAGUCUUCUGCCCGAAUCCACGCCGCAGCUUGUCCAGCUGCUUGCCGGCCUCGAGUGGGCAACGAUCGAUUUCAGCUUGCAGGCCGUGCGCGCACUGACGGAUCUGCAAUCCCAAGACGGUGUUCUAUUGCUCGCUAGGCUGGAAGCAACAGUCACCAAUGCGCUAUCGCGUUUGCUGCGACAGCUUUUUGGUAUCGGCCUUACAAAGCUGGCUGCGUUCGUCAAAGGUUUGCACCAGAUGGAGGCAAACAGCAAGACAUCGCUCGAAGACUACACGACGCAGCUUUGGAUUUGUUUGAUCAAUUUUGCGCUCGAUGCACCACCCAGCACUCGUCAACUGUGCGAUCCGCAGAAGUUCUGGCUCAUGGUCGAGGACGAACUGGAAUGGCAUCUGGCAGAAUCGAGUAUGCAGCAAGAUACGCUCGCGGCGCGCAUCGCGGCUAAUGAAGCUCGUGCUUGCACUGCUAUGUUACUCUGCGCAUUAUCGCAAUUUGACAGGUGGGGCAUGUCAGACUCUCCGCCGCGCCUGCCAGCGCGCUGGGCCGCCAUCAAUGUGGCCUUCACAAGCAUCGACAUCAAAGAUCUCGAGACAAGCUCGUCAAUGCUCAGCCAUUCAGCCUUAUCCCGACGCGAUGGCUACAUAUGGACGCUCUGCGCACGAUGCCUGAUCUGCUCAGAGCGCUGGGGCUGGUCUAUGGAGAUGCAGACGGGCAUUAUCCAACAAGUCUACGAUAUGCUCAACGCUCGCAAGCUUGCACCACUGGCGACUGAUCGAGGACACGAUCUGCCAGUGCUUGUGCAGAGCCUACCCUGCAAAUCAGUGCCUGGACUUGAUCCUGAUCGCGACUCUGCCUUGCACAUAUUACUCAAGCUGCUACUAAAGACAGCAGAGGAUCUUGAGGUGCUCUCGCCGUCUCGGAAGGCGAAGACUCUUACACCAUUGCUCAUGCGUAUUUCGCCCAUGAGGACGAUCAGCUCAGCAUCGACGACGGACCAACUCAACCAUAAACAGCUCUCAAUGCUUGUCAAUCAUUACUGUCUCUUCUUGACCAUCAUGAGCCUCAAGCUUGGUAGCCCAAACAGCCACCUAAGACGCUUUUGGGCCGUCUCUGCGUUCCCUAAAGCCGAUCAGGCGGCGCGCAAGCUUCAGCUGCGCGCAAUUCUCUUACUUGCUGGCACCUUCCAUCGUAUGACACUCUCACUCGAACCUAUACUCGCCGUUGUUUUUGCCAAUAUGCGUACCCUACUUCAUGAGCACGAGACGGCCUCAAGAGAUUUCGAAAACUUGCACCGUGAUCUGAUUAGCACCGACAGAUUUGCAACUGGCAAGCUCGGUAACGAUGAAGCUCGCCUCUACGCAAAGCUAUCGACGCGAUCAGCCGAUGCUGCGAGGAUGUUUGCUAUCGUGCAACACCUGAUUGGAUCAAUACUGCAAAUCGCCUGCAACUCAUCGGGCCAAGAUGCAGCCUAUCCUCCCGAAGCUUUAUUUGACGAAUGCUGGACAUCCUCGCCCCUGAACAGGCCAGCGCUCGUCUUUCAUCGCUCUGCGGGCCCUGUCAUCAUUGGCGCGCUACAAAGCGUUCUUGAUCUCCGACGCGCCGCAAUCUGCAAGCAACUUUCCCAGGCUGAACGCAGCCAGGACGAAUAUGGCUCUCUUGACAUAGAUUUCGAUGAUCCAGCUCUUGCUGAAUUGCUCGGUGCGCCCGGCUCACAGCGCGCUCCGAUGCCAAGCCAGGAGACAGCAGCACAGCGCUUGCACACACAAGACAACAGACUGAUAGAGUUUGCCACUCGAAUGAUCUUGCCCGGUCUGGCGUCGAACGUGGUAAACUUUGUUCCCCAAUCGAGACACUGGUCGGCCGAAACUGUGAUGACUGUCUUCAACGAUGACCAUGUGGCGCGAGCUCAUCUCGAGGCGCUCGUCAAGUGCUGGGUUGGAUACUGUCACCUCGCUGUGGCACACAAUUCUCGACAGUGGUCAGACUAUGUCCGGCCUGGUCCUCAUUCGCUGCAUCGUAUCGUUCAGCAGAGCCAUCGUCGGGAAGUUGCAGUGCUUUUCAUCAACGAGAUGGUAUGUCUGGAGCCAGUCACAUUACAACACUUUGGCAACGAGAUCAUCCUUGCUUGGCUGCAAGCAAUAUCUCGGCCGACGCUCACGCAGGCCCAUCGCAAUCUCACGAGAAUGAUCUUUGGGCGUCUGCGCAUGCACGCCCUUCUCCUCGAUGCAGUGCCUGCUGCUGAGGGCGAAAGCUCAAGCGAGCGCGAAGACAUGGACAUGCUUGCCGAUAAUCUCGAAUACGCUCGUGUACCUCUUCUAUCAGGCAUCUUCAAGAACAUCAACAGGGAGCUUACAGAAGGACGUCCGAGUGUGCCUGCCGGUCAGCUCUUCGCUUGCAUGCACGGUCUGUUGCAGUCGAUGAAUGACUAUCGCAAGGACCUAAAGACGACGGUUAGUACAGAACGGCAGGCCAAUUACGAGCUUUUUUGUCGCGCGGUGAUUGGCCUGCUCCAGGAACGCAUUCCAAGCGUGGACGAGCACAGCGUCUCUUCGCUCAAGUUGUUCGUCUAAGGCAUAAUAUUGGCACAACAGUCGUUGAUUUCACGUCUACGGUUCACAAGCUAGCGAUCGUUUUGCGAGGGUUUUGCGGUCGACCGCAGUGACAGUUAGGCAGCGCCUGAAUAGCUGCGCUUCAGGAUCGAAGGGAUAAAGAGCGGCGAGCUCCUGUGCAAGGAGGGUCUGCUGGAUCAAAUUGGCUUGCUGACGCGCCUUUUGAACAUUCAGCAAUGGCGAGAGAGUCAGAGAAGCCGCGACAUCUGAGCAGCCAGGAGGUAAUGGCUCGACCGAUGGAGCUAUCAUGGCGUCUGGAGCUGUGCACCGCGUCACAGUGUUCUCUUGCUCAGCGAGAGAGGCAAGAUCGCGCAAAGCCACGCCUAGCCCGUAAAAAUCAGCAUCAGCUGACACAUGCCUAGGCAACGCACCCAUGAAGGGUAUGCAAGCUGUGCUCGGACUCCGUAAAGCGCUCUUCAAGGAUUGCUUCGUCAUCGCUGCCGGUUGCGAG